ACAACCGAAUUGAGUAGUCCAAAGAGUUUGAGGAAGAGCUUGGAGCAUAGGGUGUAUACUUUUACAGGUUAUUCGGUGGGGUGAAGAACGCAGACAUCGUCUAGUCACGUGCUAUCGAUAGCACCAUCAUGGCACUGAAGAACUUCAACCCCGAUACAUUCCUGGAUGAAUGGUCAGAAGAAAAGUACUCGCCAUUACACACCGAUAAGUCUUUAGCAAGAUGUUUAGGAGAGGCCUUCGACAUUCCGCCUACAGAUGCCUAUGUUUAUCGGGCGCAAGCAGAGACUACGCUGCACGUCACGCAGCGAGCCAUUGACGCAAAGAGACAACACGGAUUACACGGAUGGUACACAGACGAUGAAGGUCAGCCUAUCUAUCCCACCCCGGACGAAAUAACCGCCUACACAUCCCUCUUCACCCCCAGCACCUCCCUCCCCAAAUCCCUCUCCAGUUUCCUCAAAAGCUCAAAAGCCCAUUCCCUCCGCCAAAAAAUCGCCACCCACCUAACCUCGCGCUACCUCAACACCACACCCCCCAAUUCCAGCCUCCUCCCCAGCAAAAAAGACCGAGAGCACAAAAACCCCUAUCUGGACCUCUGGAACUACUCUUGCAACGAACUCGAAUGGGCAGGCCCCGUUCCAGCAACAGCAGGCACGAAAAUAAGCCAUCACAUCCUGCCCCUCUUCUACCACCACUUCGGCUGCGUCGUCCCCUCAUAUGCGGCUUUGCACGUAUUAGCCAAACUAGCGCAGCCCGCACGCCCAAGCAAAGAAGACGUACGCCCGAUUCUCGACAUAGGAUCAGGAAAUGGGUACUGGACGUAUAUGCUUCGGCAUUUCCCCGUGGCGCAUAUCGGGGCGACCAAGGCGUUGGAUGUGCGGGCUGUAGAUAGCCAGGUGAGCGAGUACAGGGUCAUGUGGAUCAAAGAUACGAUCAAGAUGGAGGGGAAGCAGUAUUUGAUGAGGAAUGGUGGGGGCAAAGGGUGCGUGAUGUUACUUGUGUAUCCGCAGGCGACGGGAAAUUUUACGGGCCCAAUGAUGAAGUCGUUUGAGGGGGAUACGAUUGUCGUUGCUGGGACACAGAAUGGGAAUGGGUUCACAGGGUUUAGAGAUGUGGUUGUGGAUGAGUGGGUGGAGAGAAAUCUGAGUCAGUUUGAGCUUGUGCUGAGGAUGCCACUGCCGAGUUUUGCUGGCAAGGACGAGGCGCUGUUUGUGUUUCAGAGGAAGAAGUCGGAGUGAAGGGGAUGAGAAAAACAUCACAGCAUGCAGACGAUAUGAGCUGGGUC